AUCGGUUCCGGGUGUCAUGGCGGCGCUGAUGUUCCGUACGGUGAUCGCUGGUACCCGCCGGGGGCUCCGGCCGCUGCUUGUCCAGGGGGGGCGGGGCUGUGCCAGCUCGGGGGUCCCGGUGGAUGACACGGUGAACGGACUGAACGAGGAGCAGAAACAGCUGCGGCACACUCUGCGUCGGUUCCUGCAGGAUCACCUGGUUCCUGUAGCUAAUGAGAUAGAUCAGCAGAAUACCUUCAAGGACCUUCGGAGUUUUUGGAAGAAGCUUGGAGACCUGGGUCUGCUUGGUAUCACGGCUCCAGUGGAAUAUGGAGGUUCUGCGUUGGGCUACUUGGAGCACGUGUUGGCAAUGGAAGAAAUAUCUCGUGUCUCAGCAGCUAUCGGACUGAGCUAUGGAGCCCACUCAAACCUUUGUAUUAACCAGCUAGUCCGCAAUGCGAAUGAAGCCCAGAGAGAAAAGUAUUUACCCAAGCUUAUAAGUGGGGACCAUAUAGGAGCCUUGGCUAUGAGUGAGCCUAACUCGGGCUCUGAUGUUGUGUCAAUGAAACUGAAGGCAGAGAAGAAAGGAGAUUAUUAUGUUCUUAAUGGAAACAAGUUCUGGAUUACAAACGGGCCAGACGCAGAUGUGGUGAUAGUUUAUGCAAAGUCAAAUCCAUCAGCCCAGCCAGCCUCUCAUGGAAUCACUGCUUUCAUUGUCGAAAAGGGAACACCUGGAUUCAGCACCGCACAGAAACUGGACAAGCUGGGAAUGAGAGGGUCCAACACUUGUGAACUUGUGUUUGAGGACUGCAAGAUUCCUGAAAAGAACAUUCUAGGACAUCUGGGUAAAGGCGUCUAUGUUCUGAUGAGUGGAUUAGAUCUGGAGAGGCUGGUGCUUAGCGGAGGACCCCUGGGUAUCAUGCAAGCUGUGCUGGACCACGCAUUCCCAUACCUGCACACCAGAGAGGCGUUUGGGCAGAAAAUUGGCCAUUUCCAGCUGAUGCAAGGAAAGAUUGCGGAUAUGUACACCCGCCUUGCCGUGUGCCGGCAGUAUGUUUAUAACGUGGCAAAAGCCUGCGAUAAUGGGCACUUAACACCCAGGGACUGUGCUGGCACAAUUCUCUAUUCCGCGGAGUGUGCAACGCAGGUGGCUCUCGAUGGUAUCCAGUGUCUGGGAGGAAAUGGAUACAUUAAUGAUUACCCUAUGGGACGCUUUCUACGUGAUGCCAAGUUAUACGAGAUCGGCGCAGGCACUAGUGAAGUCCGCAGACUGGUCAUCGGCCGAUCCUUUAAUGCCUUGUACAAAUAAUUUCAAGUUCCUCUUUACAGUCACGGGAACAACCAUCAACACUACAUGAGUUUCUCACCCACUCCAACAGAUUUGUAGAAUCUCAGGAAUCGUCCAUUUUUCUAUCAAGCUGGGCCGGUUACAGACUGUAUACCUUGACAGAGAAGAUACAGCACUUUAGUACAGUGAGCUCAGUGAGAGUGAGGGGUGUAGUAAGGUGGAUCAGGGUGUCUCCAGUUCGAGAAAAUGUGUAAUCGUGAGCUUUCAUGUGUUGGUUCGCAUUAACGUCCACUGUGUGCACCAACGCACGAUGCAGCACAAAUUAGAAGUCUGAGAAUUUGGUAUGGAAAGUUAAUAAAUGUCCUGAAUGUCUGUGGGUCGAGCAGACACCUCUUUGAUUAACUCUUCAUUAAAUAUAUUUGGAAUUUUA